AUGACCACACCAUCGCCGUCACCGCCGCACACGCCCCGCGAACCCACCGCCGACCCCACAACUGCCCCGACGCCAGCCUACUUCUCCAUCGCGCUGGCGUUGUACCUCGCAGCUAUAGCGCUCACGUUCACGUGGUCGAUGUUUCCGCGGAGCGAGUGGGUGACGGGGGUUAAUGUGUGGAUGGCUGGGGGGCGUAGACGGGGACGGGUUGUGGAGAGGGAGGUUGAGGUGGAAGUGGAGGUGGAGGUGGAGGGGGAUGCGAAGAAGAGGAAGAGGAAGAGGGAGACGGUUUGGCCGUCUGAGGAGGAGGUUGAGGAGAUUGGGAUUGAGCUUGAGGUUUUGGGGGAAGGGGAGGGGGAGGGGGGUGGGAAGGAGAGGGUUGGUAGUAUGGUUGUGGAGGUGGGGGAGGAGAGGGUGGACAGUUGGGGGGGGACGGUGAUGGGUUGUGAGGACGAGUGGAGGGUUUGA